AUGACCAGAACACUCGACCAAGUCCUCGCAGAAGCCCCCAUAAUAGAUCUAGUCGAUCUUCCAAGUCUUCUCCGGCCAACUCAAAUUCCCACCAUUACACCCGACGUAAAGGCCCGCUACGAUGAGCGCCCAGAAGUGUCUGAAUCUUUGCGGAAAUGCCAGGCGCUCUUCAACGGGCUGAAUCCUACUCUCCUGGCGGCGGUCUGCAAGCUUUGGAAAAGCAGCAUUGUGGUUUACCGAGAAACUCCGCUAUGGCUCAUGUCACCCCAUCGCGGCCUCUGCUGUCCUGGCAGAUGGGGAGAAACUGGGCAAGAACAACAGGCCGCAGACAUGAUAGCGCCGCCUCUUUGGGGGCUUGAUUUUGUAAAUGGCCUUAAUGACCUCGUGCUACACCCAUUCUUCGCUUCACGGGGGAAUGGCGCGUUUCUCAGGCUGUCACUACAAUUUGCCGUCGCAUUUGAGUCUCUCGAGAACCCAGUCUGGAGCAUCUCCGCGCUACUAAGGGAAACCGGGGUUCAAUGUCCUGUCUUGAACUUACUGAGUGUGGACAUGGACAAAUCAGGUGGUGACACACGGCCUGUGGGCGGUACAGGUGGUCGCAUCACAGCCCGAACCCAACUAAGUCUCUAUCACAGGCUUCUUAGAUACCACAGACCUUUCUUACUAGUCAACAACAACGUCAUAUCUAUCGAGGCCAAGUUCUUGCUGAAGCUAGGAGAGGAAGUGGCACGUCGAAUGCCCCAGCCCCAACGUCUGCGUGACCCGCAAGGCAGAGACCCUCGGCACCUUUUCUACGUACAGGCCCAGAAUUUGGAACACGUCUAUGCAGCGGCAGACACGGUCAGCGAGAAUCCACAGACUAGAGAGGCUACUAGCAGAUCGUGGGCGCAGUUCAACGAAAGCAUGAGAUUACCGCUAGAUGCUCCUGUCUUGGUGGGCAUUUGUCUCCAAUACGCCUAUCGACACGAGCUUCAUCUUCUACAAGCAUUCAGGGAUGCUGCCGCUACUUCAGGAGCUGUUCGUGAGAAUGAUGCAUGA